GUGCUGGUGGAGUGGGUUAGUAGGAGUGGCUGAGCUGAGGAGUUGGCAGUUUGCUUUGCAUGAAUCGCGGACUCGAAGUUGGUGGCUGCACCUCCGAUAUUUCCUGUGAGCCGCACAGACAGAGCCGUGCCGAGGCGAGGGCGGAGGAGGCGAGGAGAGGGAUGGCAGAGAACAGCUCCGAGACAAGCGGCUCCGUUCACCGGAGAUGUUUGGGCCAUUCUUCGGCGGAGCGAAUCGUUUCAGCUGGGGUCGGGGCUUCAAAAUGGAUUCGACUAAAUGUUGGGGGAACCUAUUUUUUAACUACGAGACAGACGCUGUGUCGAGACCCAAAAUCAUUUCUGUACAGACUGAGCCAAGCUGACCCCGAGCUCGACUCUGACAAGGAUGAAACUGGUGCCUAUCUCAUAGACAGAGACCCCACGUACUUCGGGCCAGUGCUUAACUACUUAAGGCAUGGCAAACUGGUGCUCAACAGGGACUUGGCAGAGGAAGGAGUGUUAGAAGAAGCCGAAUUCUACAACAUCACAUCAUUAAUAAAGCUCAUCAAGGACAAGAUCAGGGAACGCGAUUGCAAAACAUCACAGAUUCCAGUAAAGCAUGUUUACCGGGUGCUGCAGUGCCAGGAGGAGGAGCUCACUCAAAUGGUGUCCACCAUGUCUGACGGCUGGAAGUUUGAACAGCUCGUCAGCAUCGGCUCAUCAUACAACUACGGAAACGAAGACCAAGCUGAGUUCCUGUGUGUAGUCUCCAAGGAGUUGCACAAUCAAUCAUACGGGACAAACAGUGAGCCCAGUGAGAAGGCUAAGAUUCUUCAGGAAAGGGGUUCCCGGAUGUGAAAAGGACUCAGUAUUAUGAGCUCCAGGUGUUAUGAUGCAAACAUAUCAUCUAUGUGGAAGAACGUGCGGCACAAUGGAGAUUUAAAGUGGGGUGUGCAUUUAUUGUUUUCCCUCCACUUUUUUUUUUUUUUUUUUUUUUUAGUUUUUUUUAAUGUAAAUAAGUCUGUUUACUGACAAUUUGUGCCUGUACAUUUAAACUGGACCUUUUUAUUAAAUUAGCGGCAAGUUUUUUUUUCUAACUGAAAGUAAAGAAUUGUAAUCUACAAAUGUUUUAUGCUAUAACAAAUGGCCGCCAUCAUAUAAGGCCAAUGAUUCACUCAGGGUCAUCUGUUGAGUUAAUUCUUAUAUCCUCCAACUCAAGGGUCUGGUAAGGGAUCAGUAUGGUCUUUAUAACUCCGAGCAUCAAACACAAAAAUCAUUGUUUCAGAGAUUCUAAAGAAGGGAAUUGUUGUAUUUGCUCAACGCGUGUGAGUCAGGCUAUUAAACAUAAAAUUAAGCCCAAAAGCAAACUGGUUAAAAAUGGUUACCCAAAGACUUCAAACAGUUUUACUGAGAUUUGUGAUCAUGAGGACCUCAAAUGUUUUGUUUUGCUUUUAAAUUUCAGAUAUUUUUUAGGAAUUGUGACUAUAACUUUUUUUUCCAGUUGUAAUUAAAAAUUUAAAGAAACGAGGAAUGAUCACCUUAGAGUACAAGAAAUCUUGACUGUAGAUAAAGGGGCAUUAGGUAAUCAGAGGUAGGAAAUGACCUAUAAUAAACAGAAAUAUCUGCCCAAUAUGGCAAUGUUGCAAAGCAAUAUACUUUUUUAAAAUAUAUACUUCAGGUAAAAGUACCAUGUACUGUAGCGUCCAUCUUUAGUAACCCAGUUAAAUUGAGGUGCUUUUCUUUUUCUUUUUUUUCUUUCUUUUUUUUUUUUGUGUGUCCUGGCAGGUCAAAUUAACUCUUUGCUUGAAAGUCAACUAUUCAUAUUUGAACUCUGACCCUCUACUGCUAUUAGUUUAUAUAGUUUGCUUUUCUAGGGAGUUUAAAAUAAUCUAUAAAAUGUUCCCAUGAAUUUAAUAGAACUAUAUUUAGAUUGAGUCUGACAGAUAUAUCUGCAUUUAUGACAACUAAUACCUGAAAAUUUAAAGACAAGACCAGAGAAACACCCUUCAGCCAUGUUAGCAGUUUUGAUGUUGCAUACUUUGUCCACCAGAGGGCACUGCAAGUUCGUUGGAGGCAACAUAGCUGCAACCAGCUGAUUUGAGCAUAAGAGUGAUUGCGUAAGUUACAUGGAUCUGAAAGGGGAAACAAAUUGUCUGAUUAAUUGAAAUGUUGAUAUAUUUUUUUAAUUUAGUUUUUUUAACUCCAAAUGUGAAUAUUGGUCGGGCUCUAGAUGCUGCUCGCCUUCUGGUUCUCAGAGUGCCCAAAAAGUCUUUUUUUUUUUUUUUUUUUUUUAAAUCAUUGCUCCAAAAAAAAAACAAACUGAAAUUGUGAGCAGGUUUAUGUAGGAACUAUUUUCUUUCCAAACUACACCCUUCAGCCAAAGAAAGCAUGUGGCUAGCUGACAUUAUGGGUCAGAGGAGGCAAACGUCAUUGUUUACGUCCUGUCACGAGCCUCACAUGAUGGAUAGGCGCACACUUCCUCCAGCUGGCUGAUGUAGUUCAGUCAAAGAAAAUAGUUCCUGCAGAAAACAUGGUUUGUCCAAUUUUUUUUUUUUUUUUUUUUUUUUUUUUUUUAUACCUGAGUUGCAUUAACGCUGACUUCUAUUUCUGAGUACCACGUCAUGAGUUCCAUUUAGUUAUAAUUAUAUUCAAGAGAUUGCAGACUUGAUGUAUCUAAGACUGUGGAACAGUUUUGGAUGUAACAUUUGAUUUUUAGGCUGAGCUGUCCCCCUUUUUUUUUUUUUUUUUUUAAAUUUAAUUUAAGUUAUUGUACAUUCAGGAAGUCCUCUUGCCUGUUUAAAGAUUAAGAGUGAUUACAGUUGCUCUGUUUUUUGUUAAUGUGGACCUGUAGUAGUAUAAAGACUUUGAAAGGCUCUUAAGCGUAAGUUUACAUUAAUUAGAAUUUUCUUAGAAAUGUCUGAAGUUUUAAACUAUUUGAGACCUCAUGUUCAUAAAUCUAAAGUUAACUGGUAAAGUCCUCAGGACAGUGGUGACUCCCCCCCCCCCCUUUCCCCGCUGUCGUCUGAGUUAUCCUUAGCUCGUUUAUUUCAUAUGUUUGAGGGAACAUCAUUUGAGAUCAUUUUGUUUUGUUUUGGUUUUUUUAAGGGUUUGGUUUUGUUUGGGUUUUUUUUUUUUUUUUUUGGUUUUUUGGUUUUUUGGGGGGUUUUUUGUUUUGGGGUUUUUUGAGGGGAAGUAUUUGCAGCGUUUGGGGACUGGAACUGUUCGAAGGCAGCGGUGAAGGACUUUGUUCAUAUCAAGAUAUUGUUUUCAUGUAAAUAAUCCAAAUUCAAUAUUAAUAUUUAACUCUUAGGAAAACUGCACGUUUUGUACACUGUAUAGAAAACACAGCUUCAGGUGGAAGUUGUUUAUACUGGAUCUUUAAAAAACAAAACAAAAAAAACGAGAAAACCUUGGCUUCUGUUUUUUUGCAUUGUUUGUACAGGACUAGAGAUUUCGGAGUUGGGGUUUAAAAAAACUAAACAAGAAAAAAAAAAAGAUACUCUGUAAGGCGUCUUUCACUGAGAACAUGCCUGGAACAUGUUUUGAUAACCAAUAACAAAGCUAUACUUGGCUGGCUAUGAAGUUGACUGUUACAUUUCAGAAAAACAAAAAUGUAUAUUUUUUUUUUCUUGCAGUGUGAUAAGAUUUCUUAGCUUUUUUUUUUAUGUUUAUUUUUAAUUGUGUAGAUUUUCAUACACAGCAUUACAAGCACUACAGUGGGAAACACUGUGCACACUGCUUACAGCCUGUAAUGCUGGUAAUGUAAAUACUGCCUUUUAGAACACUUGUUUUGUUUUUAAAUAGAAAGUUGUUUUCAGGUUUUGAUGUGUGGUUUUGAUAGGUUGGAUAUUUCAUUCACACGUUAUCAUUUAGUGUUGCCUUUUUUCUUUCUCUUCUCCCAGUGACCAAAAUCCAAUGUCUUAUGUGUAUUGAACACAUCGAUCUUAGUGUCAGGGAUGAAUAACUUUUCUUAAUGCUGGCACACUUUGUACAUAUAGACUUGUUAACGACACACAAACCUCCAUUUACUCACACGUACACAUGUACACUCGACUUAAGACCGUUUUUAUAUUGUCGGGAGGAAACGAGUAUGGAUGCAUGUUUUUAAAUAUAGAAAUAUAUAUAUAUAUAUAUAUAUAUACACACACACAUAUUUAAACACACACAAGGGCUUUUAAAGUGCAAAAUUUGAGAUCUGCAAAGAGGUUCAAUCAGAGUAGACUGGAUUUCCUGCCAGAGCUAGGCUAUGUUUACAUUUGCUAUAGUAUUCUGAAGCCUUCCGAUUAUUUACCGUCUUGCACUCCCUCACACACCUGACAUGUGUGACCGCACCAAUGGCAACUAGCACUCCCCAUAAGCUAAUAUUCACUCUGCCAUGCUGACAAAUGUUGAGAUACUCCAUCCAUUUUUAACAGCCAGUGCUUGAGCGUUGCAGACAAUCUUGCUUUCGCCCCCUUUCUUCUUAAAUUUGAUGAAAUGUAUCUGUGUAGGUUCAGAGCUAAGGUUUAUACAAGUCUCUUUUGAGACCUUUUUUUUUUUUUUUAAGUGUUUUUGUGUUUGAUUUGCUUGGUUUGGUUGUAAUCUCAUUUAAAAUGCUCUGUUCAGAAGUGUUCAACACCCCCUCUACUUGAGCAGCUACAUUACAUUGAAUGCCCUUCACAGACAGGUUGUCUGGUUUAGAAUCUGGGAUAAUCUUUUAUGUGAUGGACAAACUUAUCAAAUGUGUAGCCUGAUCCUUUUAAGUGCCCAGUUUGUUUUGCAUUCAAGUCAUAAACCACAGAUCACUGUAAUGCAUGACUGAUGAUGAUGAUGAUGAUCACACUCGUAAUCAGAGGGAAUGAAUGUGUCAUUUUUCCUCAAUCUUAACAGUUACAUUAAUAAGGUUCUCAUAUCACUACAUAGAUCACUUCUAUAUGAUCUUAUGCAAUGUUAAAAGUAUACAAACUGAGUAUGAGGGUUAAGGGGAUAGAUCUAUAUGGUCUUGCAUAGGGUAAACCCAAUAAAUUGUUGUCAUUCA